GCCGGAGGACUCGCGGGCGCCGGAAGUGUCGCAGCGCGGCGGCGGCGGCGCACGUAGGGAGGCGCUCGGUCGGUGUCGCCGGGCGGCUCCGGGCCGCUCCCCCCGCCCCGCUCCCGCCGCCCCCGCCGCCGCCAUGGGCACCAGCGGCUCCAAGUCGCGGGGACUGUGGCCCUUCGCCUCCCCGGCGGCGGGCGGCGGCGGUGCCGAGGGCCCCGGCGGGCAGCAGGCCCUGGCCCGGGCGCGGGCCGCGCGCGCCGCUACCCCAUUCGUCUUCACGCGCCGCGGCUCCAUGUAUUACGAUGAGGAUGGGGAUCUUGCCCACGAGUUCUACGAGGAGACAAUCGUUACCAAGAACGGGAGGAAGCGCGCCAAGCUGAAGAGGAUCCACAAGAACCUGAUACCUCAGGGCAUAGUGAAACUAGAGCACCCUCGCAUUCACGUGGAUUUCCCGGUGAUCAUCUGCGAGGUGUGAGUGGCCAGACGUUGCUGCCCGUGGGCGGGAGGCCUUGCCUCACCGCCCCUGGCUUCACCAGGUGAGGCUGUGUCGUGUUCCUACCCGAGGAGGACUCUGGAUGUGCAGUGGGGACGGCGGCUCUCCCCUCGCCCGGAGGUGAGGCGGGACGGAGCAGGCUGGGCUGGGCUUGGCUAGCGCUCCUCACAGGAGAUGGGUGACCUUGUGCAACGACUGCUUCCAAACAUCCUCGCUUGAGCCAGAAGACUAAAAUACCUUUCGUAGCCUCUA